GCACCACGUGACCGGCCGGUUCCCACUUGCGCGCGCCUCUCCUCAGCGUCAGACGCGGCUGUCGCUCUCUGCAUUCUCGGUCCCUGCUCCCGUCUGGCCUGAGGGAGUGCGGGCCGGGGGCGGCCCCCAAGCGUUGGAGGUGCAGGGAAAGCAGGUCUGCGGGUUUAGGUGUCGCGGCGGUGCACUCGUGGUGACAAUCGGGAGGAGCAGGAGACAGCAAGGAUAGGCCCAGGAGCAAUGGCGUCCAAAGAGGAGCAGCAAGCAGUGAAAAAUCUCAGCAUGGAAAAUGCCCAACAGGAAAACGAAGGAGGGGACCAGGCACCUUUGCAGAAUGGAGAGGAGUCGCGCGAUUUGGGAAAGGGCGGAGCCCAGAAGCCUGGAGGAAAUGGCAGGCUCGGGCGGGUUAGGCGACUUGUCCCUAAUUUUCGAUGGGCCAUAACCAACAAGCAUGUUGAUCGCAAUGAAGUGGGAGAUGAUGUAGAAAAGUACGUAGGGCAGAUGAUGGAAGUAAGGAGAAGGACUAGGGAGCAGCAAAUGAGGCAUCAUGUGCGCUACCAAACUCCUGAACCUGACAAUCAUUAUGACUUUUGCCUUAUACCUUGAAUCGUAAGGUUUUCCCUGAGGUUAAUAAUGUGUAGCCUCUGCUCUACAUGCUUGUAGUUUUGUGAUUUACUUUUUCUGUAAACUUUUUAGUGUUUCCACUUACUAGUUUCUAAUCGAAUAUUGUUGUGUCUUGGAGCAAAAUUUUCUCUCAGCAGGGCAGUUUCAUCCAAUUAUAAGAAGAAAUAUUCUUUUCAUAAUGUGAAAUUAAUAAAGCAGUUUAAAAAGCA